AUGUUCCGUCUCCGCAGAUACCGCGUCUUUCUCGCUUUUACUGUCAUCGUGGUCCUUGCGCUAUACAGAUUCGGGAGCUCGAAUCCAUCGUGGAGGGAUCGGGCUGCGAGCUUUGCACAGGGUCAGGGUCAGCGCGAGGUUGAAGAGCCGCAGGUGAAGUGGGAGCCCAAACCGCAGGUUGCGAAAGAGACGAAACAGUUUGACGUCGAGGUGCCUGCUGCGAAGAACCCUCAGAUCAAGCAAACUCCUCCGCCAAUUGCGCCGGUAGAGCGACCUGUCGAGCAGACGUCUACAACGGCGCAGAGCAAGAAGUCAAUACCUGUGGGCGUCGGACAUGUGGGGGCUGGCAACGCUGUGCGUCCAGAAGCGACACCUACGCCGCGUGCGGAUGGAGGCGUAGUACACGCCGUGGUAGGCGACGCCCUAUCUUCCGUCGAGGAAGUUAUCCAUUGGACCAAAACGAAGGAACAGUAUCCUAUACCGACGGAAUCGCUCAUCGCGCUGCCCACCGCGAAGGCAAAGCCUAUACCCAAGAUACAAGCCGAUUUCAAGAAAGAGACGGCUGCGGAGAAGGUCGACCGUGAAACAAAGUUAGAGACGAUCAAGGAUGUAUUCAAACGCUCAUGGUCCGGGUACAAGGAGUUCGCAUGGCUGCAUGAUGAGGUCAUGCCGGUGACCGGGUCGAAGAAGGAUCCUUUUGCCGGUUGGGGUGCGACGCUCGUAGAUGCUCUCGAUACGCUGUGGAUUAUGGGACUGAAGGAGGACUUUGAAGAGGCUGUUCAGGCUGUGGAGAAGAUUGAUUUCACAACGACUUCUCGUGCAGAUAUCCCCCUCUUCGAAACCACGAUUCGCUAUCUUGGAGGAUUCCUUGCGGCGUACGACAUCGCCGGAAAGAAGCACGAAAUUCUGCUCACGAAGGCAAAAGAGCUGGCUGAGAUCCUAAUUGCUGCCUUCGAUACACCGAACAGGAUGCCACAGACGUACUAUUACUGGCGACCGGAUUUCGAUUCAAACUCUCAUCCUGCGAGCAAUCGUGUUGUCCUUGCUGAGAUCGGCUCCCUAGCCAUGGAAUUCACUUAUCUUGGGCAACUUACUGGCGACGAUCGAUUCUACGAUGCGAUUGCUCGCAUUACAGACAAUCUGGAAGGAUACCAAAACCACACGAGGCUCCCUGGUAUGUGGCCGACGUACUUCGAUGCCUCGGGAUGCGUGAAGCACGACUAUAACAUAGACGUCAGCAAGCCUCUUCAGAGACCGAUUUCUGCAGGAGAUCCAGGAUGGGAGGAAGCACUUAAAAAUGGCGCGUAUGUGAAGGCUGACCCUAGCCGGCCUCUAGUUAUGGCCGCUGAAGACGGUUCAGCAUCUACGAGUGGAGAGGGAUUCUCGCCUGAUGGGAAGAAGUACAUACCAUUGGAGAAACCGGAGCCUCUCAAAGUUGUACCCAACGGACCGAAUCCGACAUGGAAGCCGCCACCUGAGGAGUCAUUUGUUUGGCCUGGGCCUGAUGGCACCAAGGCUGCUCCCAAAAGGCGUCAGCUUGCCGCUGCGGGUUUCCCAUCCGAUCCUGAAGUACCCUUCACUAAGCCUACCUGUGACAAUCCUGGGUUUGGGCCAUCAUCCGACGGAGGAAGAGAAGAGUACACUCUCGGCGGGAUGUCGGAUUCUACGUACGAGUACCUCCCGAAGCAAUAUCUACUCCUUGGGGGUCAAGUCGAAAAGUAUCGUACCAUGUACGAAGUAUCCGCAGAAGUCAUAAAGAAGCAUCUCCUGUUCCGCCCCAUGCUGCCUAACAACGACGAUAUCCUCUUCUCUGGAAAGCGGUGGGUUUCAGCGCAAGAGCCAGGCGAGCCUUUCCCCAAUGAACUGGAGCCCGAAUACGCACAUUUGACCUGCUUUGCGGGUGGCAUGUUUGGCAUCAGCGCAAAGAUCUUCAACAGGCCCAAGGAUCUCGAAAUUGCCGCCAAACUGGCAGAGGGCUGCGUUUGGUCGUACAAUAUGACCGCAACAGGUAUAAUGCCGGAAGCCUUCGAGAGUGUGGCUUGCGAGAGUCGAAAGGAUUGCCCAUGGAACCAGACACUUUACUACGAUAUCCUUGAUCCUAACUCCGAGAACAGGCUUAAGCAGUACGAGGAAGCCAUGACGAACUAUGAAGUCAGACUUAAGAGUGCAAGUUUGUGGUAUGACGAGCAAAUGCAGGCGUAUAUGGAAUCUGCCACUCCUACGCCUACUCCUAUCCAGACUGGUGUCGCUGCAUCUGCAACCGCCGCUGCUGAAGGCGUACAGGACAAACGACAACUACCGGAUUUUGAAUCUGCUGCACCAGCACCCACGCAGAACAGGGGCCUACAUGUAGGCAGCGGUUCCGUAGACGUCGAAGCGCCUCCCACAGAAGUCAAGCCCGGAGUCGAAAUGCUAGAAGAGCCUCUACCCAGCAAAGUCAUGCCCACCUUUCCGGCCAUCUACUCGCCCCAGGUCCCCCUCAACCACGAAGAUUUUGUCAAGACCCGCUUAGAAGAGGAACGUCUCCCGCUUGGUGUAACUAGGGUGAAAGCCCGGGAGUACAUUCUCCGCCCUGAAGCCAUCGAAUCUGUCUGGUACAUGUACCGCAUCACAGGCGACAACUAUUGGCGCGAAGCCGGCUGGCGCAUGUUUGAAGCCAUCAACGAGAACACCAAGACGGCGCACGGCAACUCGGCAAUCGACGAUGUCACCAAGACGUCACCCAACCUCAAUGAUUCGAUGGAGAGCUUCUGGCUUGCGGAGACGCUGAAGUAUUUUUACUUGCUGUAUAGCGAGCCCGGGGUUGUGAGUUUGGAUGAGUGGGUUUUUAAUACGGAGGCGCAUCCGUUUAGGCGGCCGACGUAG